AAAUUCUCAUAUCAAUUGAAUUUGCACGAUUUCUAGGGUUUUGUUCUCUUUGCAGCGAUGGAUAAUAAGUCAAGUACAACCAAAUCUUCAAUCACUAAGCUCUCUGUGGACGAGAUACUGGAAUUGGAAAGAAUGUACAUCGAGAUGGGAGGAAAAACACUUGAUCGGAAUUUCUGCAAGAAGAUUGCUAAAAGUUUUAGUUCCUCAUCAGAACAUGCCGGUAUAACUUCCUUAUCAUGGAAACAGGUGCAUCAGUGGUUCCAAAAUAAACAUAAAAAGUCGCAGGCUGAAGAUACUUCGUCACCAGAAGCGCUGAAACUAUCUGUUGAUAUUUCAGAUACAUCUAAUUUAAGAAAAGAACAUAAAAGCUUUCCAUGUACUGAAGGUGAACAAGUUGCAGAUAUAUCGGAGUUGACAUUUGAAGCAAGAUCUUCAAAAGACUCUGCAUGGCAUGAUGUUGCAAUGUUUCUUAACUUUAGGGUCUUGAGCAAAGGCGAACUUUUGAAGUUAAUGGAUCUUGUUACACAAAUUAAGGAAGUUCGCGUACGAUAUUCUGGAUUUGGUAAGGAGCAGGAUGAGUGGGUAAAUGUGAAUCAGGAGUUGCGUGUGAGAUCCAUCCCAUUAGUACCUUCAGAAUGUCAUAAGGUGAAGGAUGGAGAUCUUAUACUUUGUUUCGUGGAAAAAGAUGAUUAUGCCCUCUAUUGUGAUGCUCGUGUUGUAGAAAUCCAGAGAAGGUUACAUGAUCCAACAGAGUGUACGUGCAUCUUCAUUGUCCGAUAUGUCCAUGACAACACUGAGGAAGUAGUUUCUUGGAACAGGUUAUGCUGUAGGCCUACGCAAGAGGAACCUGUGGUCUCCCCGAUGCCCAUCCAAAAUCCUAUAGAGAGCUUAUGGGGAUGAAUAGAGCCAACUUUUCUUUCUUUCGUGUUUCCCAUCGUCCAUGUAUGGUUUUUGAGCCUCGAUUAUCGUAAAUAUUGUAGAAGUUUAUGUAUAUUUAUGUUGGU